ACCUCUUUUGUACUUUUCUGCCUCUCACAACUCCACCUUUUGUUGUUCGCAGCUGCUCCUGCUCUGCUAUUUUUGUUUUCAAUUAAUUAAUUAAUUUAUUUUACCUUUUGCUUCCUCUCUACUCUCGAUCUUCACGGUCUCACUGUUUUUCGAUCUCUCUAUUCAUUCAAUUUAGGGUUUCCAGCUUCAGCUUUCUCGCCAGCUAUUACUCGAAUCUCGAGCUCUUCUUUUGUUUUCUUGAUUAAGACCUAGAUUUCUGCUCGCUCUUUUAGGGUUUACAGAUCUACGCAGCUCCUGCUCCUACCUCUGCUGAAUCUCUUCGACUCUUUUAAGAUGUUUUGGAAGCUUACAGCUCUCUCUGCAUCCUCUCCUGUGGAGUCUGUACUAGACAAGGAAAAUUUCACAUUGGAAGAGCUUUUGGACGAGGAAGAAAUAAUCCAAGAAUGCAAAGCUUUAAACAGCCGUCUCAUCAAUUUUCUACGAGACAGAGCCCAAGUAGAGCAGUUGUUGCGGUAUAUUAUUGAAGAACCUUCAGAGGAUGCUGAAAGCAAACGUGCCUUCAAGUUUCCCUUCAUCGCUUGUGAGAUAUUUACAUGUGAAAUUGAUGUUAUUCUUAAGACUUUAGUAGAGGAAGAGGAGCUAAUGAACUUACUCUUCUCUUUCUUGGAACCAAACCGACCUCAUAGUGCUUUGCUGGCUGGGUAUUUCAGCAAGGUGGUUGUUUGCCUUAUGGUACGCAAGACUGUCCCACUUAUGAAAUAUGUUCAAGCCCAUCAGGAUGUUUUCCGCCAACUGGUUGAUUUAAUUGGAAUAACAUCCAUCAUGGAGGUUUUGGUUCGGUUGGUGGGGGCAGAUGAUCAUGUUUAUCCCAAUUUUAUUGAUGUGAUGCAAUGGUUGGCUGAUAGCAAUUUGCUAGAAAUGAUUGUGGACAAAUUGAGUCCUUCAAGCCCUCCUGAAGUUCAUGCUAAUGCAGCAGAGACAUUAUGUGCAAUAACUCAAAAUGCUCCCUCGGCUUUGGCUACUAAACUCUCUAGUCCAAGUUUUGUUUCAAGGAUAUUUGGCCAUGCGCUGGAAGAUUCACAUUCAAAAUCUGGCCUUGUUCACUCACUUUCUGUGUGUAUAUCUUUAUUGGAUCCAAAAAGAUCUGCUACUUCUCCCCCCUUGAUGCAUUCUUUUCGAAGUCAACAUAUUUACGAGUCUCCAAUCCCCGUAAAUCCAGAGACUAUUGAUGCAAUGCUGCCUAAACUUGGUGACUUACUUAUGCUAUUAAAUGUGUUGUCUGACGAUAAAAUUUUACCUACAACAUAUGGAGAACUGAAGCCUCCUCUUGGGAAGCAUCGCCUUAAGAUUGUUGAGUUCAUUGCGGUGCUUUUAAGAACGGGGAAUGAAGCUACUGAGAGGGAAUUGGUCAGCUCAGGAACCAUUAAACGGGUCCUUGAUCUGUUUUUUGAGUACCCAUACAAUAAUGCAUUGCAUCAUCAUGUGGAGAGCAUUAUAUCGUCAUGCUUGGAAACUAAGAGUGAUGCUAUGGUUGUUCAUCUUCUUGGAGAAUGUGAUUUCAUUGGAAAAAUUCUCCAAACUGAUAAAAACCCCAUUAUUUCAGGCGAUACUAAUAAGCCAACUGUGCCUUCUGCAGGAAAACGGGCACCACGAGCAGGAAACCUUGGUCACAUUACGCGAAUUUCUAAUAAACUUGUUCAGUUGGGAAAUGCCAAUAGCCGUAUUCAGACAUAUCUACAGGAAAAUAGUGAAUGGAAUGAGUGGCAGGCCAGCAUUUUGCAAGAGCGUAAUGCAGUUGAAAAUGUCUACCGAUGGGCAUGCGGCCGCCCAACAGCAUUGCAAGAUAGGACCAGGGACAGUGAUGAUGAUGACCUUCAUGACAGAGAUUAUGAUGUAGCAGCACUAGCGAAUAACUUAAGCCAGGCUUUUAGAUACAAAAUGUAUGGGAAUAAGGAUAAUGAAGAGGACCAUGGAGGCCUUGAUCGAGAUGAUGAGGAUGUCUACUUUGAUGAUGAGUCUGCUGAAGUUGUUAUAUCAUCCCUGAGGCUUGGUGAUGACCAAGGGAGCAGUCUAUUCACAAAUUCCAACUGGUUUGCAUUCCAAGAUGAUAGAGUUGGUAAUGCCCCUGUGAGUACAUCACCCAUGGAAAUAAUGGACGAGAUAAACUUGAAUGGAGCUGCUAAUGGCGGUAACAGCAGUAGUGAUGAUGAGGUGGUAGUUGGAGAAGAUGAUGAGUUAACUGAGAGCAAAGACACUGUUAAUUCUACAUCCACUUCCAAUCCAAACUUUGCCAAUGGAUUUUCUGGGAGUGUUCCCAUUCCACAAAGUGAGAAGACGACUACUCCCCAGGAUAUUGGAUUCUUCAGAUUUGAUACUCCAGGCAAUGAUGACUUGUUUAGAGGCAGGCCUUUCCCUGCAUGGGUAGGAUGGGGAGAAACAUCAGAUUUGCAAGUAGGUGGAUCAAGUUUGAAUCCAUUUGAAGAUCAUGAUAUCUCUCAUGUCAAUCUUUCUAACCAAGCUGAGGUAGCAACUCAUGAUGUUAAUUCCCCUUCAAGUGGAGAAUCUAUACUGCCAAAUGGCUCAUCACCUUCCAAGGACUCUAGUGAUGGGUCAGUGGGCAGUGAUACAAGCCAUAAAUCUGCGACUUUGCCCUCAUUGUUUGAAGAGGAUGUUGAAUUCGUUGGUGUGGAAUUAGAAGGAACGGAGAAGGCAAUGGAACAGGCUCUCAAGGAGGGUAUAGUUGGUGAAGCAGGGCCUUUAAAGAGGAACAUAAUCCCAAAGGUUACGGAGAAGGAGAAUUCUGAUGAUGGAGGAGCUGGCAUUAAAGAGUUCAACGACGCAAAUUAUUGGAGGGUUGAUCAAGAGGUUGCUGUUCUGGAGUGAUUGUGGGAACAUCCAGUCAAGGUUGGCCCAACCUGAAAAUUUGGGUCCUACAGCCACAGACCCCAUUUUUCGUUGGCAAGGGCUCAUGCAGCAGACUUAUGUACAGUGUAUUUUUGGUUUCCAAAUGGGGAUUGGAUGGUAGGUUGUGUUAUGAUGUUACUGUUAUUAGUUGUUAUUGUUACUUCUUAUUGUUGUUUAUUAUUCAAGGUUUUUGUUUUAUUCCUGUUAAUGACUAGCGAGGUUUCCCUCACCCAAUCAUAUUUACAUUUUAUUCUGGCUGCCA